AUGUCUGUUAAACCAGCACUGUUUGCAACUAAUGUCGACGUCAUCAUAUGCUCUAAUGACCCUUCAAGUUGGACACAUAGGAGGAAGAGGAUAUAUCCUGAGAGAUAUCAGUUGCAUAAACUUGGAAUCCUUAUCAACCAUGCAUGUUUAUUUUCCACUAUAAACAAAUCACUAGGGCAUUCUUCAGUUGUUCUUUCUUUACAACUAGUUCGUGUGAGGAAAAUAAGCAGAAAAGCGUAUAAAUGUUCCGCAGCAAGCAGAGAAGCUUUCAGAUAUCUUUAUACCCAUACAUAUCAUGAUAGAAUAUGCCUUCGAGCUAUCAACUAUGCGGCACCAAUUACUUUGGUUGAGCGCCUGACGAAACAACGAAACAAUAUACAACAGUAA